UGACCGCGCAGCUCGUGAACAUGGCGUCCACCAGCGGCAGUUCGAAGAGCUCCGUGAGGAAAAGACGUCUCGACGGCGGGAAGACGGAGGCAGAGUGUCCUGACAGCGGCGGAGGACAUGGAGCAGACAGCAGCGGGGACACGGAGACAGAGAAGAGACAGCAGUCGUUACGAACCGGGACUUACUGGCUCACCCGGCUCGUGCUGCUGCGGUCCGUCGCCUUUAUUUACCUCGUGGCGUUCAGCGUUGCUUACAACCAGAACAAGCAGCUGAUAGGCGAGCACGGCCUAAUGCCCUGCAAGAGCUACCUGGAGAGCGUGAAGCGCUAUGUAGGAGGGAAGAUAGGCAUGGCUGCCUUGGCGUACACACCCUCCAUCCUCUGGUUCUUAGACUGGAGCGACAUGGAUGCCAACCUGGAUGCCAUUGCCCUGGGGGGGAUGGCGCUGUCUGCGUUGGUCCUAGUGACGGGGAUGGCCAACAUGGUUAUCAUGGUCACACUGUGGGUGCUGUACCACUCCCUGGUCAACGUGGGACAGCUGUGGUACUCCUUCGGUUGGGAGAGUCAGCUGUUGGAAACAGGGUUUCUGGCCAUUUUCCUCUGUCCAGUGUGGACUCUGUCCCAGGUCCCCCGCCGCUGUCCCCCCUCCCUCAUCUGCAUCUGGACCUUCAGGUGGCUCACUGUUCGCAUCAUGCUGGGAGCUGGUCUCAUUAAAAUCAGAGGAGACAAAUGUUGGAGAGACUUCACCUGCAUGGACUACCACUACGAGACCCAGCCAGUUCCUAACCCUAUGUCCUACUACAUGCAUCACUUCCCAUGGUGGUUCCAUCGCUUCGAGACGUUGUCCAACCACCUCAUCGAGCUCAUCUUCCCGUUCUUCACCUUCUUGGGCAGACGAAUGUGCAUGGUCAACGGAGCCAUCCAGAUCCUGUUCCAGGCGGUUCUGAUAGUGAGUGGGAACCUCAGUUUCCUGAACUGGCUGACCAUUGUUCCCAGUCUGGCCUGCUUUGAUGAUGCAAGCCUGGGCUUCUUGUUUCACUCGAGAGAUGGAGCCAAGAAGGCAGUGCUCGAGAUACAGAAUGAGGAUGCUGCCGGGCGCACCCCCACUCCCACCAAAGGUAUGUGGAUGCGUCGGGUGAUGAACAUCGCUCUGGGCAUUCUGAUUGGCUGCCUCAGCGUUCCCGUGGUGAUGAAUCUGUUGAGCUCCAAGCAGGUGAUGAACACCUCCUUUGACCCGCUGCGUAUCGUCAACACCUACGGGGCCUUUGGCAGCAUUACCAAGGAGCGCACCGAGGUGAUAUUCCAGGGCACUCUAAGCCGGGAUCCCAAGGACCCUGAGGCGCUUUGGGAGGAGUACCAGUUCCUGUGUAAGCCCGGGGACCUUUACAGACGGCCGUGCCUCAUAACGCCGUACCACUACCGGCUGGACUGGCUCAUGUGGUUUGCUGCCUUCCAGACCUACGAGCAGAGCGAGUGGGUGAUCCACAUAGCAGGACGUCUGCUGUCCAAUGACAGCGCAGUCCUCUCCCUGCUCGACCACAACCCCUUCCAAGGCAGAGAAACUCCCAGGUGGGUUCGAGGGGAACAUUUCAGGUACAAGUUCAGUCCGCCGGGCAGCAGCAGCGCCGCUCAGGGGAAGUGGUGGCUGAGGAAACGCAUCGGAGCCUACUUCCCUCCCCUGGACCUGGAAGGACUCAGGGGCUACUUCCUGUCCAGGAACUGGCCCCACCCUCACAUCCAACCGAAAAGGAGCUAAAGCCCUGAUCUCGGACUACUGGCGUUGAGGUUGGAAAGACGUCAGAUUAAAGUCGUCUUCAGUGGGAUGCUGCUGGGGCUGGACACAGGUAAAAAGGACCAAGGAUGCCUUCAGGUUGUUUUUAGAUUGCAAUGUUUCCUGAAGAACUGUGUGAUAAAACCUGAAAUAAAACAUCUUGUUACUCCCAAACAAUGUGAUACUUUUCAAGGGUUCCUUGAGUGAGGUAUCUAUGGAUCACAAAGGAGGUGCUUAAUUACUGUACUUUGCAUCUCAUGAAACAACCUCAGUGAAAGUGUAUAUCAGUAUUGUUUUUGACUGUUGACUAAAACACCAACAUUAAAAGAGUUUCCUUU